AUGACACGGCCGCUGGUCCCUCUGUGGCACCAGGGCCAGACGUGUGUCAGGACGGUAGGACAAGGGCAAGCGUGAAAGAGACAGAAGAGAAGAAGAAGAAGUCAGGGAACUUAUCCUCUCCUCUACAUCACAGUCACAGGAAUAACCAGGGUUUGAGUUUGUUUGUGGGGGGGAAACAGAGAAGUGAUCGGCACCAUGAUGAUGACCCAGCUGGAGACCACGGUCCACUACGACAACGGCUUCGAGGAGGUGUACAUGACACAGGAGGAUGAGUGGGACCGGGACAUGCUGCUGGAUCCGGCCUGGGAGCAGCAGCAGAGGAAAACCUUCACGGCCUGGUGUAACUCCCACCUGAGGAAAGCUGGAACUCAGAUUGAAAACAUCGAGGAAGACUUCAGGAAUGGGCUGAAACUAAUGCUGCUUCUGGAAGUUAUCUCAGGAGAGAGGUUACCCAAGCCAGACAGAGGGAAGAUGCGGUUUCACAAGAUUGCUAACGUCAACAAAGCUCUGGAAUUCAUCACGAGCAAAGGAGUGAAACUGGUUUCCAUCGGAGCUGAAGAGAUUGUGGACGGUAAUGUAAAGAUGACUCUGGGAAUGAUCUGGACCAUCAUCCUCCGCUUCGCCAUCCAGGACAUUUCUGUUGAAGAAACAUCUGCCAAGGAGGGUCUUCUCCUGUGGUGUCAAAGAAAGACUGCCCCCUACAGGAAUGUCAAUGUCCAAAACUUCCAUGUCAGCUGGAAGGAUGGCCUGGCCUUCUGCGCCCUGAUUCAUAGACACAGACCCGACCUCCUCGACUACUCUAAGCUCAACAAGGAUGAUCCUAUGGGGAACCUGAACCUGGCUUUCGACUUAGCUGAGAAACACCUGGACAUUCCCAAAAUGCUGGAUGCAGAAGAUAUCAUCAACACCCCCAAGCCUGAUGAAAGAGCUAUCAUGACCUACGUGUCCUGCUUUUACCACGCCUUCGCUGGAGCUGAGCAGGCAGAGACGGCUGCCAACAGGAUCUCUAAGGUGCUCGGUGUCAACCAGGAAAAUGAGAAAAUGAUGGAGGAAUAUGAGAGACUGGCCAGUGAGCUGCUGGAGUGGAUCCGCCGCACCACUCCCUGGCUGGAGAACAAGACCCCGGAGAAGACCAUGGCAGAGAUGCAGCGGAAGCUGGAGGAUUUCAGGGACUACAGGCGCCAACACAAGCCCCCGAAGGUGCAGGAGAAGUGCCAGCUGGAAAUUAACUUCAACACCCUGCAGACCAAGCUGCGCAUAAGCAAUCGCCCCGCGUUCAUGCCCUCUGAGGGGAAGCUGGUAUCUGACAUAGCUAGUGCAUGGCAGGGCCUGGAGCAGGCAGAGAAAGGCUACGAGGAAUGGCUCCUCACCGAGAUCCGUCGGCUCGAGAGACUCGAUCACCUGGCAGAAAAGUUCCGCCAAAAAGCCACCAAUCACGAGAACUGGGCCGGUGGUAAGGAGCUGAUCCUCUCCCAGACGGACUAUGAAACAGCCACCCUCGUAGAAAUCCGAGCGCUGCUGAGAAAACACGAGGCCUUCGAGAGCGACUUGGCAGCCCACCAGGACCGAGUGGAGCAGAUUGCUGCCAUCGCACAGGAGCUGAAUGAGCUGGACUACCAUGACGUGGCAGCUGUGAACCUGCGUUGCCAGAGCAUCUGUGACUUGUGGGACAAGCUGGGAACACUGACUCAGAAAAGGAGAGAGGCACUGGAGCGCACUGAGAAACUCCUGGAGACUAUUGAUCAGUUGUUCCUGGAGUUUGCCAAGAGGUCUGCUCCUUUCAACAACUGGAUGGAAGGCGCCAUGGAGGACCUGCAGGACAUGUUCAUAGUGCAUACUAUUGAAGAAGUCCAGAGUCUAAUCGCAGCUCAUGAGCAGUUCAAAGCUACUCUACCUGAGGCUGAUGCAGAGAGACAAGCCAUCCUGGGAAUCCACAAUGAGGUGCAGAAAAUUUCCCAGAGCUACGGGAUCAAGGCCAACAUUACGAACCCCUACAGCACCAUAACAACAGAGGAGCUUCUUAACAAGUGGGAAAAGGUGAAGAAGCUGGUUCCUCAGAGGGAUGGUGCCCUCCAGGAGGAGAUGGCCCACCAGCAUGCCCACGAGAGGCUGAGACGACAGUUUGCUGCACAGGCUAAUCUCAUUGGACCCUGGGCACAGACCAGGAUGGAGGAAAUUGCACGCUGCUCAAUGGAGAUCGGAGGCGCUCUGGAGGACCAGAUGACUCAGCUGAAGCAGUGUGAGCACGUCAUCGUCGCUUAUAAGCCCAACAUCGACAAGUUGGAGGGAGACCACCAGCUGAUCCAAGAGUCCCUGGUGUUUGACAACAAGCACACCAACUACACCAUGGAGCACAUCCGUGUCGGGUGGGAGCUGCUCCUCACGACCAUCGCCCGAACCAUCAAUGAGAUAGAGACCCAGAUCCUGACCCGCGACGCCAAGGGCAUCAGCCAGCAGCAGAUGAACGAGUUCAGAUCCUCUUUCAGCCACUUUGACCGGAAAAAGAAUGGAGCGAUGGAAACCGAUGACUUCAGAGCUUGCCUCAUCUCUAUGGGAUAUGACCUGGUAUGGUAUUUCAUAUGUGGUUGGAUGGAGGGGGGGGCUGUUUUCUGUAUUAUACACGUUUUGUACGAACAUUCCUUGUAUUCUUUGCUCCUUUGCCAGGGAGAAGUUGAGUUUGCCCGUAUAAUGAUACUUGUGGAUCCCAGUGGUACUGGACUUGUGUCCUUCCAGUCUUUCAUUGACUUUAUGACCAGAGAGACCGCUGACACAGACACUGCUGAGCAGGUUGUGGCAUCCUUCCGGAUCCUGGCAACUGACAAGCCCUACAUACUAGUGGAGGAGCUGAGGAGAGAGCUUCCCCCAGAGCAAGCAGAGUACUGCAUCAUGAGGAUGCCGCCUUACACCGGCCAGGGAGUGCCACCAGGGGCACUGGACUACACUGCCUUCUCCACUGCGCUCUAUGGAGAGAGCGACCUUUAACCCCAACUACUAAAUCUUUAACCCGCUGACCCUUUACCUAACUGCCCCCGGCCCCUUCAUCUCCUGAUGAAAUUAAGAAAUCUAGAAGAAAGUUGGAUCAAAUAUGUUGAAUGAAAUGUGUUUGUGACAAACUGAGUUUUUGUUGAUGGAUUUUCUGUCAAGUGUCUUGGUACUCUGAAAUCCUCUUGGAUAAAAGACGGCCUCCCAAAUGAAUAAAAUUAUAUUGUGAGAAACAAUGCUGUCGCCAAUGCAGAGGAAUAAAAAAGAACAUCACUUGGUAAUACUUAUGAUCAAGGUGUUUCGGUAGUUUAUCACUUGAGGAAAUAAGAUGUAAAAGUCACCCUGUCAUGUAUUGUUUUAAUGUUUCCUCGUAGUUACUUUGUUUUGGAAAUACAAUCUCCCCGUGAAAGCUGAUGCUUAAAGUGAAUUUCAGUUUGCAAAAGCAAUUUCGAACAAUAAAUAUUCGAAAAUGGAUUUCCCAAAAGGCUUAAAAUAUAUGGUACUAACAAAGGGUAAAGUGGGAAACCACUUGAAAACAAAAGUAAAUGUUUUGGCAGAGAACACGAGAGACUAAAAAAUGAGUUUUGAAGAUAAUUUUGUUUGAAGGCAACAGCAAAGAUGUGAAGGCUUGCAUAUAUAUAGAAAUAAGUAUAAUAAAAACUAAAUAAAUAAAAUGUCAAGUGAUUUCCCAACAUUCUUUUGUUGACACAGUUGAAAGACCUGUUAUGUUGGUAGAAAAGUACAUUGAUUUAUCCACAUUAAAAAAACUUUUUGGCUCCACUUCACUGUACUUGUUAUUUGCCAUUUGAAAAUGAUGAAUUGUAUUUAAAUUCGAAUUUACAUACUUCUACUUUCAUGUCAUACAUACAGUAUAUAGCUAUUUUAAAUGCAAAACAUUGACAUUGAUUUAACCUUAAUGUGCCGGUGUUCAUAAUCAUAACACUUUAUACAAACAAUACAAAUUACUGUUAAAACAUACUUUCUGUGAGGUGCUUAAAGAAAAUGAUAAAUCAAACAUUCGGUGUUUUUUGAUUUCACACCCACCAUGCAAGAGAGAUAAAUAUGAUCAAUGUAAUGGAAAUUUCUGCAAAGAGAAUCAUUGGCUAUUUCACACAACCUUGAACCGAAGGCACUGGAGCACACUAAUAAUUGAAUACCCCAUUAGGAUGCAAACAACCCCCUUUAGAAGAAAAGUUUAUUUUUACUAUUAUGACUGUUGCGGCAGAAACCCACUGAGCUCUAUGGGUCCAAGAGGUUUUUGGUGAAGACUUUGGUUUGUUCUAUUUUGGAAGGAAAAUAAAGA